AUGACUAAGCUGGACAUCGACCAGCACAAUGUUCCUCUGGUCAUCAGUGUUCUCCCAGAACCACCAGCUGGGGAGAUACUGGAGCUUCAGGAUCUGUGUGCCAAGGUCUCUCCCUCGCAAUGCGGUCCCCUCGUUCUCAGGCUGAGGAAAGUGAUGACAGAGGUAGAGCCAGAGGUGACUGAGGUGUCUCGUCUGUUCCGUUCCGUUCUGUGUAACUUCCUGGACGAGGCGGAGGAGGGGGAAGCCAGGGAGAGAGCACUGGAGGCUCGGGCCAACCGCGGUAAGAGCAUGUCUGUCAUCAACCUGCGCUCACGGAUCCGCAUCAGCCCACUGUGGAGUAGAGUCACAGUCAGGCGUGACGCUGAGGACCAAGCCGAGGAGGACGAUGAGAAUGAAGACAAUAUCCACAGAAACGGGAGGAUCAGGAGCAUGCCUGAUAUCAGUGUAGUGGAAGAAAGCGCGCCGACCUGAACAAGCUAUGUUUGGAGUAGGAAACUCCAGGUACAAACUGGUAAAAACAAGUACAAAGCUGGUAUCCUAAGCUACACGAUACAUAUUAGUACCUUUUGAAAGGGUACUGCCCCAGUAAAAGUUUUGUAGCUUUUUAUUGAGUGUGGAAAGGUUCCAUUGAUAUUAAAGGUUCUUCAUGGAACCUUAGAUGCUAAUAAAGAUCUUGCUGAUUCAUCAUCAUGAACCUUUUCUACUCUUCUCUUCCUU